AUGAGGAGCAGCUUGACCUUGGUUGGGACCCUCUGGGCUUUCCUGUCCCUUGUUACUGCUCUGGCCAGUUCUACCAGUUACUUCCUGCCUUAUUGGCUCUUUGGAUCCCAGUUGGGGAAGCCGGUGUCAUUCAGCACAUUCCGGAGGUGCAACUAUCCUGUGCGGGGAGAGGGUCACAGUCUGAUCAUGGUUGAAGAAUGUGGGCGCUAUGCCAGCUUCAGUGCCAUACCAAGCCUGGCCUGGCAGAUGUGCACAGUGGUGACAGGUACUGGUUGUGCUCUACUGCUUCUGGUGGCACUGGCUGCUGUCUUGGGCUGCUGCAUGGAGGAACUCAUCUCCAGAAUGAUGGGCCGUUGUAUGGGAGCAGCACAGUUUGUAGGAGGACUCCUGAUAAGCUCAGGCUGUGCGUUAUAUCCCUUAGGAUGGAAUAGCCCGGAGAUAAUGCAAACAUGUGGGAAUGUCUCCAAUCAAUUUCAGUUAGGUACCUGUCGUCUUGGCUGGGCCUAUUAUUGUGCUGGAGGUGGAGCAGCUGCAGCUAUGUUGAUCUGCACCUGGCUCUCUUGCUUUGCUGGAAGAAACCCCAAGCAGUCAUGUUGGUGGAAAGCAUCAUGA